AUGGAGAAAAUAAUGCCGCCUGGAGCAAUUUGGGAGAAUUUUCUCGAAGAUUUCUACUUUGCCGGUGUUGUUGAGGUUCACUCCAUCUCUUGUAAUACAUUCCCGAGAUUUGUCUUACUGCUGCAUCAUAUCAGAUUCGAGGGAAUUUUAAACUCGAACCAGAAAAACGACAUGAGUGGUGCACGAACGGCUUUCUCAUACUGUGUCCAACAAGUACGGAACUAUGAUUAUCACCACUACCUUUGCCUUCUGGAGCUUCCCCUAAACAUGAGAAGAUCAGCUUUCGCACUCAGAGCUUUUAACGUCGAGACAGCUAGGGCCAUGGAUGUUGCUUCCGAUCCAAGGAUCGGCCUCAUGCGCCUGCUCUGGUGGCAGGAAGCCAUUGACAAGAUAUUUUCCAACAAGUUAGUCGAGCAUCCAGUGGCUCAGGCGUUGGCCUCUGUGAUAUCCGAGCAUAAGUUUAGCAAGAGCUGGCUCAAAAGAUCUGUCCAAGCUCGGAUAGAUGAUGCAAGGAGAGAUGUUUCUAAUAUUCCAGAGACUAUAGAGGACUUGGAGAGGUAUGCUGAAGACACCAUGUCUACAAUUUUGUACUCAACACUUGAAGCAGAUGGUAUCAGGUCUACAGCAGCAGACCAUGCCGCAUCACAUAUCGGUAAAGCUAGCGGGCUUGCUUUGCUGCUUAGGUCUCUUCCAUACCAUGCUGGGCGCAACCGUCAUUUUUUAUAUGUACCCGCUGAUGUGGCGAAAAAACAUGGCCUGCUCGUGAAUAAGUCGGAAAAUCUUGUAGAUUCUCGUGAGGGGCUAUGCAGUGCCGUGUAUGAGAUGGCAUCUGUUGCCAAUGCUCAUCUGCAGAAAGCCCGUGAGUUGGCCGAGACUGUGCCAGUUGAGGCCCGCCCGGUGAUGCUGCCAGCCGUGCCAACGCAGUUUGUGCUGGACACAUUGAGACGUGUACAGUUUGAUGUCUUUGACCCUAGGCUGACCCGAGGUAUUUUAGGGGUUCCUCCAUUGUGGUUCCAACUGACACUCAAGUACUAUUCUUGGAGAGGAAGAUACUGA